GUCAGAGAGGAAGCCGGCGCCCUUUCCUGACCAUCACCACCCUCCGUGGUCACCACAGCUUCCUGCUGUUGGUCCCCCAGGCCUCACAGGCCACCACAGGGCCCUGUAUGGAGAACCAUCUUGCUGGGCUCUCUUCUGGCUUUCUCCUCUCUCUCUGGUCGCCUUUCCUAGCGGCCCCCCUUCCCAGGGCCCCCGUGCUCUGCUGGGUGGAAGGGGGCCGGACGGGACCCUUAAAUGGAGGACGUCGCCACCGGUCCUCACACGAGGCUCAGCCCCUGGCCGGCGGCCUGCAUGGCGGGCAAAGGCCUGGGGGGGGUCUGCUCUCUGGGUGCUGGAGGGGCCGCAGCUGGGGGGCCGAUGCCUGGCUUCUCCCCGUGUCUCUUCCUUCCCUCUUUCUCCCGCCUCCUACUUCCUCUCUGCUCAGACACUCUGCCACACCCUGCCUGGCCCUUCGGACCCCAGUCUGCGGAUCCCCUUGGCCCGGACAUGAGGAAAGGCAGAACUCCCACCCUUGGCCUGGCCCUAGUCCUGGCCCUGCUCCUGACCCCAGGGGGUUUCCACCCCGUCUGGGCCCACAAUGAGUCUAGCCCCUGCCCAGCCGUGGGCCCAGGAGUCCUGGCCGGGAUUGUGCUGGGAGACCUGGCGCUGACCAUCCUCAUUGCCCUGGCCGUCUACUACUUGGGCCGCCUCACGCCCUCAGGGCGGAACGCCUCGGAGGCUUCCAAGAAGCAGAGAAUGGCGGAGGCCGAGUCCCCCUAUCAGGAACUCCAGGACCACAGAUCAGAUGUGUACAGUGACCUCACUCCCCAGCCGGGAUUCUACAGACGAACUUGAGCCUGAAGAUGUCCAGGGGGGCCCCUCCCGACUUCUCACCCCAAGAACCCCGAAGCUGUGACUUCAGAGCCACGACCCCUUUCCUGCUCCCUUCUCCCACCCAAGGGGCCUUCUUUUCCCCUUCUUCCAUUCUUUCCCCAAUAAACAUGAAGCAGAGA